CUCGCGCAGCGGCGGCAGCGGACGUCCAGGCCUCUUGGUUCCGAGGCACGUGACGGUCGGGCCGCCUCCGCCGCGGUCUCCACUGCAGCGCGGGGCCGGGCGAGCGUGCGGGCGGGACGAGGCGCGGGUGCCGCCGUCGGUCCCUGGGAGGCUCGAGGCCAUGGAAGGGAAGUGGUUGCUGUGUGUGCUGCUGGUCCUUGGGACUGUUGCCAUUGAAGCUCAUGACGGACAUGAUGACGACAUGAUUGAUAUAGAGGAUGACCUCGAUGAUGUCAUCGAGGAGGUAGAGGACUCAAAGCCGAAACCAGACACCAGCGUUCCUCCUCCAUCCCCAAAGGUCACUUACAAAGCUCCAGUUCCAACAGGGGAAGUGUAUUUUGCUGAUUCCUUUGACAGAGGAAUUCUGUCAGGGUGGAUUUUAUCCAAAGCCAAGAAAGAUGAUACUGAUGAUGAAAUUGCCAAAUAUGAUGGAAAGUGGGAGGUGGAUGAAAUGAAGGAAACGAAGCUUCCAGGCGAUAAAGGACUAGUAUUGCUGUCUCGGGCCAAGCACCAUGCCAUCUCCGCCAAACUGAACAAGCCUUUCCUGUUUGAUAGCAAGCCCCUCCUUGUUCAGUAUGAGGUUAAUUUCCAAAAUGGAAUAGAGUGUGGCGGUGCCUAUGUGAAACUGCUCUCCCAAACCCCAGACCUCAGCCUGGAUCAAUUCCACGACAAGACCCCUUAUACGAUUAUGUUUGGUCCAGAUAAAUGUGGAGAAGACUAUAAAUUGCACUUCAUCUUCCGGCACAAAAACCCAAAGACGGGUACAUAUGAAGAAAAGCAUGCUAAGAGGCCAGAUGCAGAUCUGAAGACCUAUUUUACUGACAAGAAAACACAUCUUUAUACAUUAAUCUUGAAUCCAGAUAAUAGUUUUGAAAUAUUAGUUGACCAGUCUGUUGUGAACAGUGGAAAUCUGCUGAACGACAUGACUCCUCCUGUAAAUCCUUCGCGUGAAAUUGAAGACCCGGAAGAUCAGAAGCCUGAGGACUGGGACGAAAGACCAAAAAUCCCAGAUCCGGAUGCUGUCAAGCCAGAUGACUGGGAUGAAGAUGCCCCUGCUAAGAUUUCCGAUGAAGAGGCCACGAAACCUGAAGGCUGGUUAGAUGAUGAGCCAGAGUACAUUCCUGACCCAGAUGCUGAGAAGCCAGAGGACUGGGAUGAAGAUAUGGAUGGAGAGUGGGAAGCUCCCCAGAUUGCCAACCCCAAGUGCGAAUCGGCCCCUGGUUGUGGGGUCUGGCAGCGACCUAUGAUUGACAACCCCAAUUAUAAGGGUAAAUGGAAGCCUCCCAUGAUUGACAAUCCUAACUACCAGGGAAUCUGGAAACCAAGGAAAAUACCAAACCCAGAUUUCUUUGAAGAUCUGGAACCUUUCAAAAUGACUCCUUUUAGUGCCAUUGGUUUGGAGCUGUGGUCCAUGACCUCUGAUAUUUUUUUUGACAACUUUAUAAUUUGUAGCGAUCGACAAGUAGUUGAUGAUUGGGCCAGUGAUGGAUGGGGUCUGAAAAAAGCUGCUGAUGGGGCUGCCGAGCCGGGUGUGGUGGGGCAGAUGCUCGAGGCAGCGGAGGAGCGCCCGUGGCUGUGGGUGGUCUACAUUUUGACUGUAGCUCUGCCUGUGUUUCUUGUUAUCCUCUUCUGCUGUUCUGGAAAGAAACAGCCUAGUGCUGUGGAGUACAAGAAGACUGACGCUCCUCAGCCAGAUGUGAAGGAAGAAGAGGAAGAGAAGGAGGAGGAAAAGGACAAAGGAGAUGAGGAGGAGGAGGGUGAAGAGAAACUUGAAGAGAAGCAAAAAAGUGAUGCUGAAGAAGAUGGCGGCUCUGUCAGUCAAGAGGAGGAAGAUAGAAAACCUAAAGCAGAGGAGGAUGAGAUUUUGAACAGAUCACCGAGAAACAGAAAGCCACGAAGAGAAUGAAACUAUCUUAAGAACUUGUUCUGUGAUUUCUUCUCCCUCCCUCUCCCCUGCAAGUGUUGUCCCAGGAGGGGACCUGGUACACCCUAGGUUGAAACUCAGAAAACCUCAAGACACCACCACCAACAGGUUCCAGGCGAACACUGGCCCUUGUAAUUUUCAACAUCUAGCAGUAAAUAAUUGCAGUUGUGACAUAAAGGACCCUGUUUUUGUAGAAAGAAAACAUUUAACAUAAUGGUUGUGAAAUGUAACAUGGAGAAACUAACUUGUAUUUUUUUGUUUUUAAACAUCUUUGUUUUCUAAAAUAGAAUAAUAGAACUUUGCCAGUCUUUAAAAUCUUAGCUUAAUUUAAUAUAUUAAUCUGUCUGUGCAGAAAUAACAUCAACAUUUAGAAACACUAGGGGGACAAAUUGCAGUUUUUGUUUUUUUAAGUUUGGGAUUACACAACAUUCAAGUGUCUCUGUCCCUUAAAAUUGAUAAUCAUGUUUAAAGUGCAGUCAUUCAUGGUUAUGAUCUUGUUUUGCUUGCUUCCAUUAUUCAGUUCCUCCUGAGGAAAUUGAGGCAAGGGAUUGCAUGGAAGCCCACAUUUAUAGAAAGGUUCCGUUGAAGUUGUAUUAGAAGUAGACAUACAAAAAGAAAAACAAAACCUUUUCACUUGAUGUUGGUUACACCAUAAAGUGUGUGUAUUCUGUUGUGCUUGGAACUGCUCAGUUCUCAGACAGCUUGGGAGGAGGCAGCUUAGUGGGGUGCACUGGGCGUUCCUGCUUGACACAGGUGGCUUCCGAGGACUGCUGGCUGGGCAUGCGCGCUCUGGAGUGGCUGCAGAUGUGUUUUAAUCACUUCUUCCACUGUGUUGACACUGUUUUCCUUACCUGUUUCCCAGAUUCCCAGCUUUCUCCUCUGCUAUGCAUUUUCUUCACAGCGCAGCUUGCUGUUCGUCGCUGAAAACGAUUAUAAGCUCUGCAUAGUGUUAAGCUUUAUUGUGAUUACGUGUAUGUUUCUUCUUUUUCCUUCUUAAGCAGACCCACACCUUUCCAGGGUCGAAGUACAGGAUAGAGUACAAUCUUUCAUUUUUAUCCAUUUUUGUUACUCUGUGUGCAGACUUGAGAAGUCUAAUCCAGAGGUGAGCCAAUUCAGAAUCGACUGUAAUUGAACACAGGCUUAAAGUAUUCAUGGGAGGAGUGACAUCUAGCAUGCUGAUAUUUAUAGCUGCUGAAUCUUUCAAGUUUUCGUUUUCAAUUCAUGUAACAGUUGUGUCUUAAAUUACACAAUAAAGCAAUCCUGUUCAAGUUUUUUUUUAAAGCACUGCUUGUAGAAUUUUCUACAGUGAUUUUAGGUUGUUGGGUGCUAUCAGAAUCUCUCCUCCAUCAAUAGAGUGUAGUAAUAUCUAUUACAACACACUGAAACGUAUUCAGAAUUAGAUGUUUGUGCUUUAUUCUUUCUUCAGAGGCAUUUCAGAUGUACUGUUGAUACUGUUUCUUGCACUGAAUAUGUAAACACUCUGCAGUGUUUAUAUUGUGGAGGAAGGGAUAUUCAUAAAAGAUGAAGGUUGUAUCCGUUUAUUUUGUUUAUCUUCAACAUUUUUACUGGUUCACUUAAAUCCUUUUGAGGGUGGGAUGCAUUGUUCUUGCUGUUCAGUGCUUUAUCCUUUUCAUCUGUUCUGUGGUCACAGUGACCUUAGCUAUGUAGCAGACUUUCCCAAAUGUAUUGAGUGCAAAUAAACAGUUACUUAGCAAGACCUGGAAAUAUGUCUGCAGGUUUCUCCUUGAAGCACACGUGUGGGAUCAUUGCAUAGAAUUUCCAUGAAUCUGCCUUCUUCACUCUUUCCUUAAAGUUGCAUUUCGUGCCUCAAUCACACUUUCUUCCAGCUGAGUUGUGGAGGGACAGGUUUAAAUCAUUAGCGUUUAUGGCUUUCCCAGGGUUAUUUAGCAGAGGUGCCCCCUGGCCCCCAAGUGCCUUUUCUUGGUUCUUUCAUUCUUUUUGUUCAAGGUACAGCCUCCUGAUUCAAUGUCUGACCCACUAAUGAAUGACCAGCAGCAGUUUUCGGCUCAAAAGGCACGUAUAUGAUUUUACAGGCUGGUUCUCUCUGCUGCAGUUGUAGAAUACCCACUUUCUAUUAGAUGUGCCCCUCAGUUCCUCUUAUCCACCAAGUAACUUUUUUCAAAUUGUGAAGUUACUAAAUAGUAUUAAAGCCCUGUGUUAAGCA